UCAGUUGUCGCGAGACUCGCGGUAAUAUGGCCGCUGCGUUCUGGGCUCCGCUGUGCUGAGGGGAAGCUAAGGGUCCCCCCUUCCCCCCCGUUACACGCCCCCCGCAUGUGCCGGCCCCUGCCGCCCUCGCUCCGUGUCGCCACCCGCCAGCCAUGACCGGAGAGAAGCUCCGCCCCCUGCGCCGGGGCCACAAGCCCAGUAAGGAGGAGGACCUGCUGGAGCCCGAGGAGGAGGCCACUGCCGGCGGCACCUUCCCCCGCCUGGGCAAAGGGGGCCACAAGCUGAGCCGGGCCCCUGCCAGUGACAACAAGUACCCGCUCCAUGAGGCCGUGUACAAAGGGGACAUCCGGCGGCUCUCUGCCCUGCUCCGGACACACAGCCUGGGGGACAAGGACAGCCACGGUGAGAGCCCAGGCUGGCCGAGAGUGCUGGGAGGGGGAAGGGGGGAACCAAUGGAUAAUGCUGGCUGAGAGUGCUAACCGGGGGGAACCAAUGGAUAAUGCUGGCCGAGAGUGCUAGGCAGGGGGGGAGGGGGAAACCAAUGGAUAAUGCUGGCCGAGGGUGCUAGGCGGGGGAACCAAUGGAUAAUGCUGGCCGAGAGUGCUAGGCGGGAGGGAACCAAUGGAUAAUGCUGGCCGAGAGUGCUAGGCGGGGUAACCAAUGGAUAAUGCUGGCCGAGAGUGCUAGGCAAAGGGGAGGGAACCAAUGGAUAAUGGUGGCUGAGGGUGCUAGGCGGGGGGGGGGGUAACUAAUGGAUAAUGGUGGCUGAGCGUGCUAGGCAGGGGGAAGGUGUGACCAAUGGAUAAUGGUGGCUGAGGGUGCUAGGAAGGGGGAAGGUUUGACAAAUGGAUAAUGGUGGCUGAGGGUGAUGGGGAGAGCUGUCGUCACAGGCAGGAAAUGUGUAACAAAAGGUUAGUGGUUGCUGAGAGUAAUGAAAAUAGCAGUUUCUUGACGACAGGGGGGGAGUUGUAACAAAUGCGUAAUGGUGGCCAAGAGUGAUGGGGAGAGCUGUGUAUCGACAUUGAGUCUGGCGGUGUAUUAUAAAGUGUGACGGUACAUGUGGUAUUACAUUGGAAGUGAGCUGCCCCUUCUUAUGCAUUAAAAUAUACGAAAUAAAAUCUUUAAAAAAACAAUUUUGUCAAGCAGCAGAAAGAACAUGCAAUUUAUUUUCUAAUAAGAUACCAGUGUUUAACUUCAUAUUUUUCUGUAAGUGCGAUUGGGUUCCAGUUCUUAUUUGUAUUUGUGGUUACUUAUUCUAAUCCAUGUAUUUACUGUAAAAUGGCUCUUUGCUCACCUGUCAGCUAGCCCAGAGAUAGCCAACCUUUGACAUGACAGCUGUUACUAUGACACUGGGACUGCUAAAGUAGCUGUUAUUGACUCUGACAGCAACUGUUGAGCUGUUUGAUAGUAUCUCUAUAUGUUCUGUGGAUGUCAUUGGAAGUUACAAUUUAUUUGUGAUGUUGGCUGGCUUUCAUGAGUGUUAUAAUCGGACAUCAAUUAAAGGGCAGUAAAUGGCCAUUAUUUCUGACAAGUCUCCUAUAUAGGUAAUUCUUGCCCUGGCAAUACUUAUUAGAAAUUCUUAUUAGAAAUUCAUUGUAGUUGUUGUUCAAUGUAAAACCUCUGUAGUUCUAUGUUAUUUAUUUAUUUCUAAAAUAAGUUACGAGGAAAUAUUUAUUUUUGCUGUUUGUUUCCACUCAUUAACAGACUGGAAACCCGAAUAAUACAUCACUAAUCCAAAGCUGACUCUUUGUGCUCUUGGAUAUACAUAUGUUUUAAGGUAUAGAAUGGGUGACCAAUGUUGCGCAAUGGUUUUAUAUCUAGUAAUACGGCUAAAUAAACAAUGAGUUAGUGCCACUCCUAGUCAGUGAUUCAUUUAUUUCCUGUUGCUAUGUGACAUCACAUUUGUCUGAUGCAUGUAAAUGUAUGUAAUUCCUUAGCCUGUCAAUGCCAUAGUUCUAAGUUGAAUAGAUUCAGUCGGAUUCAAAAGUCACUGGUAUUCACUAGCUGGUGUUGUGAUGGAGUAAUCUAUGAUAGAAAGAAAAAAAAAUGGCAAAAAUAAAUAAAUUUUUUAUGUAAGACCUUCCUGAAAAAUCAGGGGUCUAAAUAUGGUAAAAUGUUUGCCUCUGUGGCUUUUAAAACGCCUAUCAUGGUGGUACUUUAAUGAAAUGCUGGGUUGUGUUGUAUAAGACAUGGUAAGCAAACAAGCAAAUAUUUAGUGUGUUUUUUUUCUUUUUUUUUUUUUUAACACUUUGGUUAUUCCAGGUACCUCCAUGUGUUUCAUGUAAUGUGUAGGUUAGGGUAUGAGACCUGGUUGUGCUUUGUGGGGUUUUAAAUCAUCUGCAGUUAAAAAAAAUAAAAAAAAAUCAAACUGCUCCUUAAAGAAAUACUUUCUGUACCAUAACCAUUAUAGCCCGAAAGUUUCAUACAGUUUGAUAACUUACCUGGGUCCAUCGAGGUUCCCUGCAUCCAGUUUUCUCUAGCAGUGGUUAUGGUGCAAGGCAUGUUCCCUAGUUUUACCCUUUCUUCCAUUUCCUUCCUACUUGCAAUGACCUUUGAAUAAGAAUGAAACUAUACCCGUUAGGGAAACCUUGUUAUGCCUAUAAAAUGCUACUUUACUAUAUUGGGUUUGUGAGUCCUAUGGCCACAUUUUGUCAAUGUAUGCUUAAGGUGUACCUGCUAUGGUACACACAAAAGUCUUUAAAUAAGAGAAUAAACAAAUCCUUGCUAUAUUAUGUACAACCAGAUGCAUAGAUUUUCUUAGUGCUAUUUAACUAUAUGGUAACUUACAUGUCAAUCAAUUCUAGGGUUAUGUUGAAACUGAGUGGCAGGAUAAUCCUCCUCUAUUUGGUUCUCCUACUUUCACAUAAUCUAUAGAUUGUAUACCAUCAUAUUUUUAAAUUAAAAGCAAAUAAAAUUAUUCUUGCUAAAUUACAAUGUGCAGAUAUAUAAGAAAUAUUUUAUAGGCCGUCUUUACCAGGCUGACAACCGGAUUAAGCCAGGAAGCUGCUAAAUGUGUCUUUAGUUCCCCAUGUGUUGUCUGUGACCUGGCCCAAAAUGCGUUUUUUUUUUUUUUUUUUCAGAACAGAUACAGGAAGAUGCUGGAUGAGGUGCAGAUGUGCAUGUCCCUUGCAUCAGCCUGUAUUCUUUGGUGGACAUGCGUGUAAAUGUAUAAUUUUUUUUAAAUGUCUGGACAUUUUUAUCUAUUCGUCAUAAUUUAUUUUUUUUAUUUUUUUUCUAAUACAUACCUUUCUAAAGCAUUCCUCACAAUGGUGACCAUUGGUGGGCUGAGGCCCUCAGUCCAUCACUGGCACUAAAAACAUUUCAACACUAGUGCGGGACCAUAGGAGGUGGCAAAAGGGCCAAGCAUAUGGGGCUCUAAGACCUUCAUACUUAUAAUGACUUAAUUGAGGGGAAGUUGUUAUGGUGCCUGGAGUAAUUAUUUAAUAAAAUGCUGCAGCGUUUUAGGUCAAAUAGCUGAAAUGAAAGAACUCUGUUUAUCUUGUGCAGCUAUAUUAACCUACUUUUUUUUUUUUAUACUUUCAUUAGUUAUCAGUUGUUUCUGCUUUAAUGAAUAUACACCUAUUUAUGCGUUACAGUGAUAUCUAAAGAGAUUAAACAGUUUAGCAUACAUGAAUCAGUGUAUAUGUAGUAUGAUCAGGGGCACCUUUCUGUCUGUAUUCUUAUGUGUCUGGUCUUAAAUGAUUUGCAGUAUUGUUUCUUUGUGGUUUUUUUCCUUUUUUUUUUUUUUUUUUAUCUCCCUCCCCCACCCCCCCAUCUCAUUUAACCAUUAAUAUAGGUUUUAGUGCCUUCCAAACAUUGCCCGUAUAUAUACUCUGAUAGUCAUGUUUCAAUUUGAGAAUGAUUUGUUUAAAACAAAUCUGUAAAGCUUUGCAUUUCAUCGUGGUGCAUCAGGGAAAAAAAAAAGGUAAAACGUGUCUUGUAUCCUUAAAAUGUAUGAUGGGCUCUGGAACAGAAUGCAAGAGUGACCCAGUUCUCUGCUUAGUCCAUUUUUAACAGGAUGUGGUCAAGUCAAGCAUGAAAACAGCAGGACUAUCACAAUGUACCAAAUGUUCAAUCUGAGAUUCAUUGAACCAUUCUAUCUGCAAUUGUUUUGACUUUUACUUCCUGCUUUGAAGGUGGUCACUGCGUGUUGGAUCUUGGCCUGACUGAGUAAUGGGAACAGAAGCUGUUUUAUUGAGUAGAAUUCAGAUAAACAGCAGUUGGCUUAUUUUGUUCUGAGCAAUGAAUUUUUCAGAAAUGGCUCUUCGUUGAACAUAUUUUAGAUGUAUAACCUCUAUCUAGAUAUAAUUAUGUGGAGUGGAUUCCUUUAGCAAGUAUGAAUUGUUUGUGAGUUAUAUGUGACAGACCGACCUAUGAGCUGGUGUGUAUUUCGAUCAUUGUAUCUAUUCAUAUUAAUCAGUUGCAUGUUAAUUCCAAGGGCUGUGGAACAAUAUAUUCUUUUCUGAUACGGACUGAAAAUACAGCUCAUAUAAUCCUGUUAUGACAUGACUCAUGGACUGUAUUAAUGCAUUUACUUAUAUUUCAAUGGUGUUUAUUGCCCCCAUACGUUAUUUUUUUUUAGUUAUUAAUGUUUUUAUUCACAUUCCAUUCAAUAAGAGUGAAAUGGCUAUCAUAGAGCUAGUUCUAUUUUUAACCUUAUUCAAGCCUGUGUUUUAAUAAAUAACUCCCUUGUUCAGAGUGUUAAGAUGUACAGAGGGUUUAUUUAUUUUCUUAAUGGAAUGUUUGCUAUUUUUAAAUAUACAUUCUGGGCAUGUUUCAAAGGACAUACAAUAUUGCCACAAUUAUUUUUGACUAAUUAGUUUGGCUGCCAGUAAAUCCUUUGAGGAAAAGCACUUGUGGUGCUCCUUUUACAACAAAUUAAUAGCUUGGGAAACCACCUACUUAAAGACAUUCACUGUUUCAGCUUGCGUACCAAAAUGAUUUCACAUCUACUUUUCAGGAGGGGUUUUGGGGAAAUGUAUAAUUUUCUUAAAUUCUAACUAAUUCUAAUGAUUUACGUUUUUGCAAACUGCAUUCUGAAAGCUGCAUCUGUAAGAAUAUUUUUCAGCUUACACGUGCAUGUUCUGCUUUUAUUUAGCUCUAUAAAUGAGACCUAAAAAGAGCACAUACACAUAUGUACUGACUGACCUAGGUAAGCGACUGUAUUUCUGGUGCCUCCAACCUCCUAUACGUGGGGCAAUUUAUUACCGGGCAACACAGGAUACAUUUAAUUCGAAUGCAUUAUAACUUACUCUACAAGUAGCUAACUUAAUCUGAUUUGUAAAUACUAAUUUCACUGGGUUUUUCACUGUGUGUGUGUGUGUAUGUAUGUAUGUAUGUAUGUAUGUAUAUAAAAUAUAUAUAUAUAUAUAUAUAUAUAUAUAUAUAUAUAUAUAUACACACACACACACACACAAGCUUUCAUUCACAAAGCUGCUCAAGAGAAACCUUUUUUCUUUUAUUUUUAAUUUGAUCUAUUUUUUUUACUUUUUUCACCCCCCUUUUUUUUUUUUUUCAUCUAUUUCUGCUUUGACACACAAAAAAGGGGGAAAAAAUGUCUGAUCAGACUAUCAAUUGCUACCCAUCAUAAAUUAUUGAUCAAAUAUUGGUGGAUCCACCGGCCUGUAUAUGAACUACCAUUUACCAUUACUCAUAAAGUUAUAUUUAUAGGGUGUACAUAGGAUACGUUGUCCAUAUUUUGUCUAUAUAUUAUGAAUGUUUUCUAUUAACUAUUGUAUAAUGAAUUAACAGUGUGCACCAUUCUUUAUAUUUUGCAAUAGUGGUCCUCAUCUAUUUUUUUUUUUUUUUUUCUGUUUUCCAUUCGUGUACAAUAACUUUUUUUGUAUUUCAACAUAUUGAUUGUUUUCUUUUUGAUGCAUACUAUAUGCGAUUGAGUGUGGUAGUAACAGUGAUUUAUUUGUAUAUAUUAUUGAGGUCCUUAUGGGGGUUACCUCUCAUACCUGCACCACCCUUUGAGUGCAAACACAAUAAUUAUAAUUGAAUAAAAGUACCUAACACUAACUUUUACCAACACAACUUAAAGGACCAAUAUGGUGCCCCCACCCUCAUGGCCCCCCUGCCACCUGGCUGAAGUUGGAGAAAGGGGUUCAACACUUACCUUUCACCAGCGCCGGGCUCCCUCUUCGGCUGCGCAUGCGCAGCAAGAGCCGCGCGCGCAUUCAGUCAGUCCAUAGGAAAGCAUUCUCAAUGCUUUCCUAUGGACGCUGGCGUCCUCUCACUGUGAAAAUCACAGGCGGAAGCGCCUCUAGCGGCUGUCAAUGAGACAGCCACUGGAGGCUGGAUUAACCCAUAUGUAAACAUAGCAGUUUCCUAGAUGGACCAGGCACCCAGACCACUUCAUUAAGCUGAAGUGGUCUGGGUGCCCAUAGUGGUCCUUUAAAUGCGUUUGAUAGGUUUUAUAAUUCUAUUCAAGCUGUAAUUUUUUAUUUUUUUUGUCAGUUCAAAUCUAUUUAGCUUAGCAAAAAAUAAUAAAAAAAUGUUUGCAGCUUUCUGCAGUGCAACUCCACCCCUUGUCAUCAUUUUAUAACACUGGUACUAUAAAAGCUGCCCUGUCAUUAUUUUUUUUAAUUUGGUUUCCCUUUCCUUAUGUGAUUGAGGGAUCUGUAUAGAAGCAGAUUAGAUACAUUUUAAUUUUAGUGACAGACACAAUUUAAUCAUAGAACCUUAAAAAAAAAAAAAAAGCUACAAGCUAUUUUUUUUAUUUUUAUUUUUUUAAUAUUUUUUUUUUUAAUUUUACAAAUCUCAGCAGUCCUCUGCAUGGAGAUAGUACUACCUUGUCUCACAAUUUUGGGCCCUGUUCCUUGGUAUGAGAUGGCUUCUCUGUAAUAUGCUAAAUUAUGAUACAAUGCUUUUUAGGAAUACUCACACAUUAGCAAUAUUUGCCGGUAUUGCAAGAGCUGUUUUAUUUUUAGCCAAUCUAAUUCGAGAGAAUGACGCACACAUUGUAGGAGAUCCCUGUUAAAAUAUGCAUUUAUUUAUGGAACAUUUGUUGCUAAAUGACAGUCUUGUCAACUUGCAGCUUUUUUUUCCCCUUCCCUCCCACAUUUCCAAAUGCUACAAAAUUACAAUUAUUUAUCUAGUGCCAACUUAUUCCACAGCGAUAUACAAUCGGAAACGAGACAAAGAUUUAAUUCCAACAAAAUGUGUCACAUGCGAGAACAGUAGUUGGAGAGGGUCCUGCCCAGAUGACAAGAUAUAUAGUAAUGCAACAACAGUGUUGUAUAGUUCACAAUUAGGUCAGAUUGGCACAGUGUUCAGGAAAUUGAUAGGAAAAACAAUACUUGAAUUGGUAACAUGGUCAUGCUGCCCGAAAGAAUCACUUUUUGAUUGUGAUCAAUGAUAAUGAUAAAGCUGUCAAGCUAAUGAACCUGUUAUAGGGAAGGUAUUUGUGGAAAUGGGGGGACACUCCAUCUGGAUGCCCUGAAAACCCCAAGUAAAAAUCCAAACUGUUUUUGUCCCUAUAAAUUCUUGUGAAAAGGAUGAGGCUAGAGGAGAAAUGAAACAUGUUUCCCUCUCAGCUGGAGCCAGCACAUUUCGUUCUACUGUAAGUCUUGUAAGAAGACAGCAGUCUGUCCCCCGUGUAUAUAGUGAAAGUGUCAGCCAUGUUCCCUCUCGUGGGAAUCCAUAAAACUGGGUCUGUGGUUUGUGUAUUAAAAGUACUUGUCCUUUUGGUACCCACUGGAUUACUUGUAGGGUUAAUUGGUGCAAAGCAUUAUUGUGCCUUCUAGAGGCUCUAGGGUGACUGUGACCCCUCAUUAAUUGUGCCUUGCUUGAAAUAGGUCUAUGAAAUUCACCAGUAGGUAAUGGUAACAAUAAUGGGGUCUGUGAAUUUUAUUUUUCUUGGGCAGUUGGGUCAGUUUAAGGACUUUGCAAGUCUCCUGUGCCGGGGGUAACUUGCUCCUGGCACAAAAGUGCCAAUAUCUCAGUUUGAGCAAUUUUUCAUUCUGAAACACUGCCCAUGCACGAUUCCAACCACCACGACCACAUCUGAAUGCAGAAGUGAUCACGGUGGUUGGAGUAACACUUUAAAGGGACACUCCAACCUUAAACAUUUAAGCGUGCUGAAAUGUGUGAAUAGUGUCUUUUUUUUCUUUUUAUUUCUCUUUUGCUAAAAGUGCAGAUUUCAAUAGAAAUUUACACUCUUAUAAAGUAAUCUGGUUACACCCCCUGGCUGUUAAUCCAACAACAGGUCCAGUUACUUCCUGGUUUGUUUAGCUCCGUUGAACUAAAUUCAAGAAGCGGCAAUUGUCCAGAGCACCUGCCUUGCAAAGACUUAAUUUAGCUGCAUUGGGAAGUCUGCGAUUGGACAGCCACAGAAAAUCUGGGUGGUGGUAGAAGGGGAGGGCUUGCAAAGGCAGCAGACAAGAGAGAGGCCGGCUUUGCAAGAGGUUAUUAGAUAUAACCCCAAUGAAAAAAAAAAAAUCCAUAAUUAAAUGCAUGCAAGUUGGAAUUUUGGGUAUAUCUACUAAACAGUGAUUUUAUUUUUGUAUUUGGAUAGAGGAUUUUCAUUUUUAAGUAGAAGUCAAACAACUGACUUAUACUGGUAAUAGCUACAAGUGUUUUUUUUUUUCAAAUGGUAAAAACUUUGUAAAAUUUUUUUACUAUGUAUUGACAAUUUUAUGUCCACUAUAAAUGAGGGACAUCCGUUUUAGUUUGCAGUCAUUUUAUCAUAAUUGGUGUGGUUUCCGGUCUAUAAAAGCAUAAAUUGACACCAAUGGUUGCUCUCUAAAUUCUAAAUAUUGGUUUAUUCUGUAAACUCAGAAGCCCCCUUUGCCUAGGUCUUUGUACAGAUUGUGGAUGCUUAGUUAGAUGUGGACUUCAGUCAAGAAUGUAUGUCCUUUAUGCCAUAAAAAUCUAGUAUUUAGAAAACCUUUUCAUCUUAUGAAAGCUGUUUGAUUUACAAAGUGGAUCUUGCAAUUCACUAUAACUGUAAAUAACCAUGCUAUAAUUAUAGGCACCUAGAGCUUUCUAUAUUAUCUACCUUUUUGCAGCCAUGGAACUUUUUUGUUUUUAUGUUUUUGGUCAAUCUUUCUUUUAUUAAGGCAUUUGAUUUGAGUGGCACAGAAUAAAGAAAAGGAGUUGAACGAGAGAUGUACACCAUAUAGGGGUAUCACAACAUGGUUUUACAAACUUCCAGAUAUGAUUGCCUCAUUUUUUUGAAUAAUUAAGUAGGAUUUAAACAUGGUAAGCUAAUGAUCCAAGACUAUAAACAGUUAUGAAGUUUAAACAUUAAAGAAGAAACUGUCUCGGCUACAUGGUAGUUAGGCAUGUCUGUAAGCAGACGAGUUAGCUCUGUGAAGGUUUCCACUAGUUGCACAAGCAUAUGCUAAAAAGUGCACGCAGGCUACAGCACAUAAACUGGCCUGCUAUAUACUGCUAGUGGCCGGUGCAGCCUUUGCUAAACAAAACCUGUGCAUUUGAGCAGUGUAGAUUGCUUAAAGGGAUCCCCCUAAAGUAUGGGGGGAGCUAUGGGUACACCCACAGUCCCAUGCUGGAGGAUCGCCGUUUCCUCCCCCCAUGGGAUCUGCUGGGGGAGUAUACUGCAGAAACGGAGUCUGACCGAGGACCGGUAAGUAUGGCUCCAAACUGUUUUCAGAGGGCACCCCAGCUGUUAGUGGCAGGUAGGUACCCGUUUGAGUGAGUUUAGGGAAUAUCACCUUGUUUUGUAGCUGUUUACUUUGCAGGAUGUUCGAGGGAGCUCAUAUCAAACGCGUCAGUCGGCCUUAAUGGUUGGGCCCUGCAGCCAUGAAAUUUAAAAUCCUGUGUUUUAUUCACUAAACGAUAAUUUGUGGAGACUUGCCCAGGAAGUGCAGAGCUGCAAUAAAUUCUCGCAGUGCUUCUAGUUUGGUUAAUUUGACUUAAAAUCUGCAAUUUUCUCAUCUGUUUUUCACAAGUGUGAUUCUCAUAUAUAUUUUAAGUUAUUCUGUGCUGGUUUUAUUUCCCUUCUCUCUCUGCCAGUUUUCUGUAUUAACUGUUACUCUUGCUGAAAUAUUUAUAUAAAGUGCUAUUUAAAUUUUUAGCAGGAGAAAUUCCAUGCUAGAUGCCCCAGAUCUGUCACCGACUAUAACGAGACAACCUUUUUGCACACCUACUUUAUUUAUGAAUUUGAUUAUUGUAAUGAGAUUUUCUUCCAAGAGUGCAGAGCCGUUAAUUAGCUAUGUUAGUUCCUCGUUAUGUUUCGCCUUUGAUAAAACAGGCCAUGGGUAGGUUGAUCAAUCUGUGUAGAUGACUGAAAUAGCUGUUUAUGUCUGGAUUAUUUUGUCUAUUUCUGUACACACUGGCACCCAGCAGCUGAUCCUGUUCUUUACUGUUCUAUUAUAAAGACUUUUGUAAGAUCUCCUUUUGUAACGUUUGUCUGCUAGCUGUCAUUUCGAUCUGAAAUCUCACUGGGAGGUAGAAGAGUAGUAAGUUGCAAUGGGAGGGAGUAUGCUCAUUUAAGAAAAGUCUCUACUGAGAAUUUACACAAAGUAGGGGGAUGCUGUUCACUACUCCACAAUACUAAACAAAAAGUACACAACUGUUUUCCUGGCACUAGAGAAUCCUGGAGUACCCCUAUCCCAUGUUGCUGAAGGGGUUAACACCUUCUUCAGCUACUUACCUGAAUCCAGUGCCGAUAUCCCUCGGCGCUGGGUCAGGCUUCGUCCACGCUCCUCCCCUGCUGUCAGCUGGUGGGAGGGGCGGGGGGGAGACCUAAUGGCCUUGCGCGCGCUUUAGACCUCCCCAUAGGAAAGCAUUAUUCAGAUAACCGACCAAAGGUAGCCCUCUAGUGGCUGUCUUUUAGAGCAGACUUAGAGCUGCAAUCUCUGGAAAAGCGUCACAGCACCCAGACCAAUUCUGGUCUGGGUGCCUGGAUUGUCUGAUCUUUGUCCAUCUAGGGGAGACAAGAAUGAUACAACAUAGUGCAAAACUGUGUAACCCAGUAUGGUGUAAAUUUAGGUGACAAUUGGCCACUCACUCUACACCAUAUUGGGUUACACCAUGUUGCACUAUGUUGUAUCAUUCUUGUCUCCCCUAGCUGGACAAACCCUAUAUAUUGCAAUUAUACUGACUGAAGAUUUGAGGAGAUCUUUAGGUAACCCCAUGCUAGAAGGGAAGUUAAGUGUUGUAAUACAUGUACUUUAGCUCAUUUAAGAACUGUUAUCUUAAAAAUAAGUGCAAUUACACUUAUGCAAUUUAAUUGUGAUAUAUUGGGAAAGUUUCUGUUGGGUUGUUUUUUGUUUUUGUUUUUUUUAAUUAAUUUAUUUAUUUAUUUUUCUUAAGUGUCAGAUCUUUGCCAGUCCUUCUAAUCAGGUCUUCUGUAUCCCUUUAAGUAGGGACUUUCAGGAUUUUUUCCACAUAAGCCUGGGGUACUUGCACAUUAAAGUGGACUGUCACUUCCCAGGAUUUAUAAUCUUAUGUUUACUUAUCCCCAUAUUUAACAAAUAUGUAUUUAUGAGGUAUGAAAAUUUACAAUUAAAUGUAGAAAUCCAAACCUCCAUCUUUGCCCUGUGGGAAUGAUUCUUCUAAUGUCUGUCUUUUUGCUCUUGGCAGUCAAUACAGAGAGGGCAUUCAGGGAUGAGAAAUGAAAGGUUUUACUAAUAUCUAUUUGCGACGUUUGCCUUGUCCGAACUGAGUUAUGAUGUAAUUUGCUAAAUCUUUAGUAUACAUUACAAAGAGAACUGUGCAUCUUUAAAAAAAAAAAAAAAAAAAAAACAUAAUUUGCAUUAACUUUUUUUAAAAGUUUUAUUCGAUGGUGUACUUUGAAAGAGACCGUUCCCUUCUUAAAGAAUAGUACUCUUAAUAAACUUUGAAACGUUGGCACCCCAUGUUCUUAAAAUGUGAAUAAAAAUGCACCCUUUGUUUAUACUGCGUUUGUGCUUAUUUAUGCAGCAAGAAUUAUCGUUGGUACCGCAUUGGUUUCGGAGAUAUUGAGCAUUAAAUUUGCUCUUACUACCCAUUUUUCACCCCAUGUUGUUGAAUUUUAAAACCAAAUGCACCAUUCAUUUGUACUGCUUUGUGCCACAAAAAUGAAUUUUUGUAUGGAUUUGCUCUCUGUGAUAUUGUGAGUUUGAUCUGGUCAAACCCCUCCCACUUACCACCUUUCACUAUUUGUUUGUGCAGCAAAAAUUAGCUUUGUGCAUUUGGGUUUUGGAGAUGUUGCAAAUUAUAUUUGAUGGUACAUUUUAUUCACCUUUUUAAAAGCACGGGGUACCAACUUAACACAGCUCUCUCAAUCGGAAACCUUGCAAAUCUAUUGGUUUAAAAUGUAUUUAUAACCAGCUGUUGUGUUGCAAACUCUGACAGAUGUUGGCUAUCAUAGAUGUGUUAAUCGACAAUAAAGUAAUUCUUGGUUUCCAUUUAGGUAAUACACCAUUACAUCUUGCGGUGAUGCUGGGCAAUAAAGGUGAGUACUGCUUUUUUUUUUUUUUCUCCUUCUCUCUCCAGUUUGAUUUGAUCAAUAUUAUUUGCUAUAACGUGUGUGUGUGUGUGUGUGUGUGAGAGACAAGUGGAACUACAAUUUAAUAACUCCACCACUCUUGCUGUUGCCUUGAUGAUUAAAGCCAAAUAACAUGUUCCCGCUACCUUUCUGUGUGUUAAUGCAUAUAGAUCAAAAUUUUGUACUGGUCUCUUUGGCUUUAAAAAGUAUGAAAAUCCUUCUCUGUAUAUUAAAAUAAAAAAUAAAUGUAUGUUUUGCGUGUCAAAAAAGGCUUGCACUCAUACUGAAAUAAUGGUGCUUAAAGCGGCAUGGUCACCAUCUGGGGACUUUGUAGAAAGUGCAACGACCCCGCUACAAAGUGCUUUAGAGUUCAUUAAAGGGACUCUAUAGUUACCAAAACAACUUGGCUUAAUGAAGCAUUUUUUGUGUUUAGGUCAUGCCUCUGAAGUUUCACUGUUCAAUUGAAAACUCCCUCUGUCACCUGAUUCUCUGCGCUGGUUCAUUUCAUCAGCUGGCGGGAGGUCCUCAUGCAGUUGCGCAGAAAGCGCUUUACUCACAUUACAACUUCCACCAUAGGAAAGCAUUGUGUAAUGCUUUCCUUACAAGGUUUUGGGUGAUGCUGGAUGUCCUCAUGCCUAACGAUCUGGAAGUCCCUUGGUGGCUGUCUGGUAAAAAGCCACUAGAGGUGGAGUUAACCCUGCAAUGUUAAUUAUUGCAGUUUAUCAAAAAUGGCAAUAUUUACCAUUGCAGAGUUAAAGGACCACUAUAGGCACCCAGACCACUUCAGCUCAAUGAAGUGGUCUGGGUGCCAGGUCCAUCUAGGGUUAACCCUGCCUGCUGUAAACAUAGCAGUUUCAUAGAAACUGCUAUGUUUACCUAUGGGUUAAUCCAGCUUCUAGUGGCUGUCAUUGACAGCCGCUAGAGGCGCUUCUCACUGUGAUUUUCAAAUUGAGAAGAUGCAUUGAGAAUGCUUUCCUAUGGACUGACUGCGCGCGGCUCUUGCCACGCAUGCGCAAUCAGCCGAUGACGUUGGGAGGAGGAGAGUCCCCAGCGCCGAGGGAGCCUGGCGCUGGAGAAAGGUAAGUGUUUAACCCCUUACUCCAAUUUCAGCCCGGCGGGAGGGUGCCCCCACCCUCAGGGCACUCUAGUGGUCCUUUAAGGGAUUGCGGACAGUGCAUCCAGACCACGUCCAUUAACUAAAGUAGUCUGGGUGCCUAUAGUGUCCCUUUAAAUCACUUUUUGUUUAUGCAGCCCUAACCACAACUUCCCUGCCUGCGACUGACACAGCCUGUAUGAAAACAAGCUGGAUUCAUUUUGAUGUAACUUACUUUAAAAGGUUUUAUCUUCUGCUCUGUAAAUUUAACUUUAAUCACACACCUCAUGCUCCUGCAGGAUCUAGCAAGCUAUUAAAGGGAUACGAUAGUGGCAGGAAUACAAAGCUGUAUUCCUGACAUUAUAGGUCCUCGCCUGCCCCGGUGAAUAAAGAGUCAAAAACCCUUUAAUUGAUACCAGUGACAAUGUCCCUCGGCGCUGGGUCGCUGCUACGCCUCCUCCAUCACUUGUCAAGGGGACGCAAAAGUGCACGCGUGGCAAGUGUCGUACGAGCAUUAGGCUCUCCCCAUAGGAAAGCAUUAAAUCAAUGCAAAGCAUGAGGACGUCUAACACCAGUGAACCAAAAGUCCGGAAACAUACAAGAAAUGCCACUAGAGCCUGUCUUAGUGUUGCAAUGUAAACAUUGCAGUUUCUUUAAAACUGCAAUGUUUUACAUAGCUGCACUAAGUGCAAUAGGGACACUGUACCCAGACUUCAAUGAGCUCAGGUGGUCUGUGUGCCUAUAUUGUCCCUUUAACUGAGCAGGAGAUAAGAAAUUCUAAAUUAAACAGAAUUUGUAAUGAAGGACGUGUAAACAUUAGAUGACUCUACAGGAAGUGUUUAGGAAGAUUAUGUAAGUCACAUGCAGGGAGGUGUGGCUAUUGCAUAAACAAAGAGAUUAAACUUCUAAAUGGCAGAGCAAUUAGACUGCAGUGGCAUGAUCUAUACACUAAAGUUGUUUAAGUAUUAAAACAUAACCUUUAUUAAAUAAUUAAGGCUAAGUUUUAAUACUUAAAGUCGUGUGUGAUAUAUAUAUUAUAGUUAAAUUCAGAUUGGCAGUGACCAUUUUGUUAUUUUGCAGAAUGUGCUCAUCUUCUCUUGGCACAUAACGCUCCUGUGAAGGUGAAAAAUGCUCAGGGUUGGAGCCCUCUGGCAGAGGCUAUCAGCUAUGGAGACAGACAGAUGAGUAAGGGUCUUCUGUUUUAUAUAAUUUGCGAUUGAUGUUUCUGUUAUGUGCAACAAUCUCUUAUGAAAGUGUUCUGAUCAUAACGCAGUGUCUCGUUACUGGAAACUUAAUUUCACGUUUUUUGUUACUAUUGUUAGCACCAACCCAUAAACUGUGUAUUCACUGAAUACGUAUUUUUUCCCUCUUUUGCACACGGAGUAGGAUUCUGGAGUGUCAGGUGCUAUUCAAGUACUUUUAAAUUAAAAGGAAACUCUAGCCACCAUAACUACAAUAACUUGUUAUACUACAGUUUGUUUACUGCUUAGUCUCUUUUUCAGUUUUUAUCAUAAGCUUUUUGCAAUAAGAGAUUUAUUGGCACCCCCCGUUCCCCCAUGAUCAAGAAGAAGAGGGAAUAAAGAUACAUGUGUAAUGUGGUAAAAAUUAAGAUAUAUCACGGAUUACAUCAUGGGAACACUUGAGUUCUGCAGGUUCUGUCAUGCUAGGAACAUUUUAAAUGCUGCAGCAUUUAGUUUUAUACUUGCCUUUGCUGAAUGGGAGAGGAAUGAGGUCACUUUCAAAGAAGUCUGUUACAAUUUCUCGCAGUACAGUGUGAGCUCACAGGUCCGAAACUCCCUGCUGACUUUGUGGCACUAUGCUCACUGACCUGUUUUACUCGUAGACUAUUCGAAGUCUGAAUAUUAUCCAGAAGUAGGAUCCUGUAUAUUAUAUUGGGUGUGGUUUUUGUAGCCAUUUAAAUUUAUGCCAUGGUGGAACCUUAGGAAGUAUGUAUUCAACCAGGCUUUCUAACUUUGAUUGUAAUUUAACAAUUUUAGAAAUGUGACAUACAAUUCUGGAUUCAGCAGAAUUCACCAGUUUUUGAUUACAAAAAUAAAUUCUUAGAGCAUUGUAUUGUAUUGUCUCAUUUUCUACAAAAAUAAAGGUUUGUUUUUUUUCGUUGUAAUUGGCUGUCACAUAUUCCAAUAAUACUUUUUAGCGAUAAUGUAACAUUUUAUUUCAGUUACAGCACUGCUCCGAAAGCUAAAGCAGCAGUCCAGGGAGAGUGUGGAAGAAAAGAGACCUCGUCUAUUAAAUGCUCUGAAAGAGGUAAUAUCUAGCAAUGUAUUUUUGGGUGCUCAAAAGUUCAAUCGGAACAUGUUCCACCUUUGCAUAUGGAAAUUUUUAAUUUAAUUUUAUUUCACAUUGAGAGUAUAUGUGUGGGGUUUUUAACCCUUGGCCUGCUGGUUGUGACCAAUUUUUUAAAAAAAAUUUUUAAAUUUCCACAUGAUUUAGAUCUGGGCUCACAAUUUUCAGUUCUAGCCUACUAGACUGGAAUAAACGUUACUGGACAAUGGAAUCCUUCAAUGGUCCAUAGCACCAAGGGGUGAAUUGUUACUCACCAGGCCAGGAUUUUUACUUGUCAGUAGCUAGUGGGCAAGUAGUGAGCCUUGAUUUAGAUUGUGGAGUCUGAUCAUCAAAAUAAUGAAUAAUGGCAAGCUACCUUCUGUCGUGCUUUUAUUUAAGAUUGUAUCUUAUAUUUUGCUUUUUAUGCAGCUGGGAGAUUUUUACCUGGAGCUUCAUUGGGAUUUUCAGAGCUGGGGUAAGUGACAUGUUGAGCUGAUUCUCAAUAACUUCUCACACUGUGAAUCUGUAAAUGGACUUUACAGAUCCCCAUGUCAAUUGAAGAUCUGGUUAAUAUUCCAGAUUGAGACUUCCUCUAUAAAUAAAUGAUCACUCUUGCUGUAUUAAAUUGUCCUACUUCUAAAGCACGCUCUGUUUUUUUAAUUAUUUAUUUCAAUUAAUUUUGUAAGUUUCCAUUUAAGGUCUUUUUUUUUUAUUUUUUUUAUUUUUUUUUCUCUAAGGCUUCAUUUAUUUCUGUUUUACCUGGCAUUAAAUAAUGAAGUAUUGAAUCUUAUAUUCUCAUGUAUUCACUACGCAGUGCCUUUACUUUCCCGAAUCCUGCCUUCUGAUGCAUGCAAGAUCUAUAAACAAGGUAUAAAUAUCAGGUGGGUGUCCAGCUUUUCACUACUGAGAGGAAAAAUGGAAUAACAAUUGAGGGCUCUUGUUAUGUGUUCAUUGAUCAUUUCCUUUUUUGGAGCGCGCAUGUUUAAUUGGAAGGGUGAAAGUUAACUUUUUUUUUUUUUUCACAAACUCUUCAUGGAAGGAUGUUGGGCAACCAAGGGAUGCCAUUAUUUUUGUUGCGCUGGUUCGACUGGAAUCUUAAAUUCACUGCAGAAAUUCCCACAUCCCUUCCCUGUUCUUAAAGUACAGUUACAAAAACAAAUUAGUUUUUAUUUGCACUUAAAGUAGACAUGCCUUCCUCAAAAUGUUUAGCUAUAUAUUUUGUCUAUACAUGUUGCCUCCUUCUCAUGUAAAAUAGCAGGCAGAUGGCCAUGACAUCACGCAGCCAACCAACACAAAAUAACAUGUGUGGAAUCUAUCAAUACCACAAUGGUUUUGCAUGCAAUUAACCUUUAAAGCACCAGUAGUGUUCGGGGUUGGCUGAAGGUAAAUGUCAUAUAUUUGAUGUCAGUACUUGCCAUAGAGACAAAGUUUGAGGGUCCAAUAGACUCUUUGAAUUUAUAUGUAUAUCAUGAUUUUUUUUCUUUUUUUUUUUUUUUAUAUGUCCGUUGUACUUGCAGCAUCAUUUUGUUCUUUCUCUUUUAAAGAGACCCUAUAGUCACUAGAACAACUACAACUUAAUGUAGUUGUUCUGGGGAGUAUAGUAAGUCCCUGCAGGCAUUAGGUUGUAAACACAGUCUUUUCAGAAAAAAGGCGGUGUUUAUAUUAAAGACUAGGGACGCCUCCAGUGGCCUCUGACGUUCAGCGUCUCCAUGCUCUGCAUGGCGCUGCUUAACACUCCCCAAAGAGAUGCAUUGAUUUAAUGCAUUUCUAUGAGGAGAUACUGAUUGGCCAGGGUGGCGUUUGGGUCCGCCCCUGGCCCGCCUCCUUGACGAUUUGUGAGAAAGUAUUGUAUUGGCUAAGAUCAUCAAUUCUGAAGUGAGCCAAAGAGGCAGAUCGGGAGCAAGCCAACUAAAUGCUGGUUUUAGCACUAUAUGGUCAGGAAAGAUGUUUGUAUUCCUGACCCUAUAGUGAUCCUUUAAACAUUUUUAUCGGUACAUGGUAUUUAUGAAGAGGCCUUGUGUGUGGCUGCAUUUUUGCUUCUUCAUCCACUGCAGGUCCCAUCUUUGAAGUUAACCUCAUGCUUUUGGAAAAUGUCUUUUAAUCUUUACUUUUGCUGCCAAUUUUUACAAAUUGUUUACAUUGUUACAAAAUCUAUUUGAAACCCACAUCCCUGACAAAUAUCCACUUUAAACCGUUUGACAUGUGUAUUGAUCAGGGAGUUGUGCUUUCUUUUCCAGAUUGGACACCACGCUUAUAGACUUCACUGACAUGAAGUGCCAACGAGGGGAUCUUAGUUUCAUAUUUAAUGGUGAUGCUGCUCCUUCUGAAUCCUUUGUUGUUUUAGACAAUGAACAGAAAGUUUACCAGAGAAUACAUCACGAGGUAAGCACGCGAUAUCCGCAUGAGUUUAAAAAAAAAAAAAAAAAGUCAGAAAAUGCAUUUAUUCCUUUCACUGUCACGUAUGUAAAUCCUUUAAUUUAAGCUAAUAAACGUUGGCUUUAAAGCACUAUUUUUCUUCUUCAACUUAGAAACACCAGAUGUUUAUAAUUGUUAUAAUAGUCAUUGUUUAUAAUGGUUUGUUAAUGGUUUGAUCUUUACUACUUUAAAAGGUUACUCUAAUUGAUUUGAAGUGGUCAUGGUGCUUGGAAUCUCUUUGCACAGUUUCAAUCUCUGCACAUACAGAGAUGAGGACCAUUGUUGCUGGCAGUGUCAUUAACCAUCUCGGAAAGAGUGCACUGGGCUGAAUAAUGUUAAAUUUGACUGACUGUCAGCAUGCUGGCUGCUGCAGAUUAUCAGUGUUGGUCUGGUCCACCCUCUCUGUGUUGCCAAAGUCCUCCCCUCCACCCGUCCACUGUGACAGCCCUCUUCCUGCAGUGUUGGGAAGAGAUCCGAAUAGAUGAGGAUUGUGUGGCAGUGGUAUCGCAAGAAGGAUUUUUUUAUUUUAUUUAUUUUUUACUCAAACAGUUUGUGGAUUUUUUUUCUUCUGUUUCUGUUUAUUGAAUAAUGUUUUAAAUAUUUCUUAAUCUUAUUGGUGGCAGAAGAUACAAGGCAUUUAAAUAAAGUAAUGUGGCAGAUAGUAUUUUUUUCCUGUGUCUGCGUCAGGGCCAAGAGUUGUGAAAUGGAAUUAUUUUCUUCCCACCCGUAUUUCCCUGCAUAUGCCAUCUGGAGAGUUCUUGUUUCACCAUUGUGAAACGACAUGUUGUUAGCAGAAUUUCUGGGCCUGUACUACAAAGCAAUCAUCAAUGCCAGCAGCUUUCACUCCUUUUAAAAACCUUGUCUGUUCUUCCUUGUGUAACCCCACCUCUUCUGAAAAUGUCAGUAUAACCUCUUUAUGACAUGUAUUGUGGGAUUUGCUUAACCUCUUGCCAUAAUACAGGUAACAGUUAUUGUACUUAUAUUUAUCCAUAUGUAAUGAAUGUAAAAUUGUUUGCACCCUACUAGAGGUGUGUUCUCAGACAAAUGUAAACGUUACUGUUUCUUGGAAAGGGAAAUUGUUUAUAUUGUCCAAAUAAAGGGGCAGCAUUUGUGCAGCAAAACUACUACAUUAAGAUGUAAUGCUUUUGGUACUUAGUGUUUAAUAUGAAUGCUGUAGGACUAAUGCAAUGAAAGUUGUUUUUUGUAAAAUGGAUUACAGUUGACAAUUUUAUUUUUUUGUUCUAGAAAUGAAAACCUACAAUAAAAUUAAAUGUCUUCUACUCUAAAAACAAAAAAAAAAACUGUAUAAAGAGAGGAAUAUCGCAAGACCUUAAUUUCAGGCAUCUAAUGUAUUUGGUCACAUGUUAAGUGGUUGGAGUUGUUUCCUGUUGGUAAUCCAUUAUGUGGGUUUUACUUGAAAUUGUGCAAUUUUUGAUGGGAUGAGUAAUAUAGUGUGUAUAUAUAGCACACAUACUUGUGUUACCUACGUUUUAAUGAAGGACAAUGGCCAUUCUAGAUGUUUCCAAAACACACUACCUUAUGUUUUAUUUUUUUAUAUAAAUAUAAUACAAGGAUAUUAUAUACGGACUUUUACAUUUUUCACACCUCUUCUUAACCUGAAGUUGGGUUUAUUUAAACAUGUAUCUGAUUCUUUAUAAUUUUUUUUUUUUUUUUCAGGAAUCUGAAAUGGAGACAGAAGAGGAGGUGGACAUUUUGAUGAGUAGUGACAUUUAUUCGGCCACAUUAUCUACUAAAUCGAUUACCUUUACAAGGGCCCAAACUGGAUGGCUUUUCAGAGAGGAUAAAACGGUAUGUUCCAGUCAGUGGCAGAGUAUUUUUUGCUACUGCGAAGCUCCUCCAACUCCAUGGUCUCUUGGAAUGUUCAGAUUAGAAGUAUGAACAAGAACCCUCUUAUCGCUUGGCCUCUGAUUUAAAAGUUAAUAACAAUGACAUUAGAAGACCCAUACAUUACUGCCUCUGAUAUGAGAAACAGUUAAGUGUUCUUCACCUUUAUGUGUAUGAGGAGGGGAGUAAGACUUAUGAUCUCUUCUCAGUAAAUCAGUUGGCCUGUCUGUUGGUACGCAAGCUGUUUUUAGAACUUUAAGUACUUCGUGCACAUUCCCUGAUUUUCGUUUGGGCCAGUGGCUGACUGGAUAAUUUUGACACUCUCAAUUGCUGGUACCCUGCUCUGUUAUUUAAUUAUUGAUGGGCCACAGGCAUAAGCCGUUCCUUGCCUGUUAAUAAGUUGUUGCUUUCAAACUGCACUGAGGAUAAACACAGACAAUGGGAUGUCUGUGGCACACAAACCCCAUGGAGGGUCCCACAUGUUGAGAUCUGGUGCAAAGGUAAAAACUGAUGUUAAUAAAGGCAAGUGGCAAGGAGGGUAGGCGUAUAAUCAUUAAGAUAUAAGGGGCAGAGAAAACAGAUUUAAAAAAAAAAAAAAGACACUGCCAUUUUAAAGUGGCUCUGCCACCGCAAUAUUAACUAUGAAUAUUUCAGAAAGGUAGCAUCUCUGAAAAACCCAUGCUGACUGCAUUUGGAAUUAAAUAUGAGUAUAAUAAAUAUGCAUUAAAUAUCAGUAGAUCAUAAGACAAUGUAGGGACUAUGGCCAGGUUGACAAAAGGCAGAGAGUCAGUUUUUUUCAGCUGUCGCUCGUGACGGCUUUUCGUAAUAGAGCAUCUUCUUGUGGACUGCUACUUUAAAAUGUAAAACUUUCACCACUUUAAAAAAAAAAAAAAAUUAAUCUGUAAAAAAUAAAUAAAAAAAAUGAGCACAUUCAUAGUUAUAUACUCAAAUCUUCACUGCACACCUUGUACUGACUGAUGAUGUAGAAUUUGUAUCUCUUGUUUAUUUGCCAAUGUAGUGGUUUAUACUCUUAUUUCUUUAUAUUAUUUCAAGGAGCGAGUGGGAAAUUUCCUUGCAGAUUUUUAUUUGGUAAAUGGGCUUAUACUGGAGUCUCGGAAAAGAAGAGAACAUCUCAGUGAAGAAGACAUACUCCGCAAUAAAGCCAUCAUGGAGAGUUUAAGUAAAGGGGGAAAUUUAAUGGAGCAAAACUUUGAGGUACGUUUAAAAGUUCAAACACCAAAUGAACUGGCAGCAUUAAAGAGUGGCCAGAUAGUGCAAAUAAUAAAUGGCUAGUGAUCAGAGUAUAAUUUAUGUAUAGAGAUGGCUUGCUGGGGAAGAAGACAGACCUCAAGACAUGUUGAGAGAGUAUCUAAUUGGGAGGCGUGCCUUUAGGCUGCUGGUGAAGUGUUGGAAUGACUAAAUAUAUGUUAGACACAUGGAGAUGUUUAUGGAAUCUUGUGGGGUGGGGGGCACUCCUAUAUAUGGUUAGUGAAUGAGCGGUUUGGUUGCAUAACACUGCUUGCUAGGGAGGUAUGAAAAAGGUUCUAAGCCAAAUCUGAUUGCUAUUCUUGUUUAUGCGUUUUACAAUGCAGCCUGUGCGGAGACAAUCGCUCACACCUCCUCCUCCUAACACAAUCACUUGGGAAGAGUAUACAGCUGCUGAAAAUGGAAAGUAUGUAUAGAUAGUUAUGUUUUUACUUCUAUUUUGUUGACUCCUUCAUGACAACAUUUUUACAAAAUGCCUUGUGUUUGUGACUGGGGCAUUCUUGACACCUGUAACACUUCAAUUCUAUUUAGAUGCACUUUUACAUAUUGUAUGUAUUAACAAAUUGGAAAUGCACUUUUUACCCCAAAGUGUGUGUGUGUUUUUUUUUUUUUUUUUUCUCGUUUGCUUCUACAAAAUUAUUGCAGCUGAAAGGUACACGAUAAGCACUAGAACAACUUUAGCUUAUUGGAGUGGUUUUGAUGUAUAGAUCCUGCCCUGGCAGUCUCAGUUCUCUGCCAUUUACAAUUCAGAUCACUUUGUUUAUGAAGCCCUAGUCACACCUUCCAUUCAUGUGACCCACACAUUUCCUGUGUAGAGAUAAAAUUUAAACAUUUUUUAUUGCACAGUCCAUUUAAUUUAGAAUUUCUCGUCUCCAGCUCUGUUAAUAGCCUGCUAGAGCCUACUGGACCCUGCUGUUCAAUUAACAUUAGCCUGACAUAAAAAAGUCUAAAAUAAACACACUGUACUGAUUCGGAAAUGAAACCAUUUUUUUUUUUUCAUGCAGGCUGUCUCAGUCACAGCAUGGGGAAGUGUGACUAGGGCUGCAAAAACCGUGAUUUAGCUCCUAAAUGGCAGAGAAUUGAGCAGUGAGACUGCAGUUGCAUGACUUUUACACCCAAACUGCCUCAUUAAGCUUAAGUUGUUUUGGUGUUUAGAGUAUUCCUUUCAGCAAAUCUUAGGUUUGUUUGUGUUUUUAUUUUAAUUAUUCCUGGUUGUCAAAUGCCUCAUAUUUAUUAGUUUGAAGUUAUUGGGCAAAUAUUGCAAGGUGUGUAUUGAUUUAAAAUCCAAAAACUUGCUGUUUGGUGUGCGGAGGCUGCAACAUUAAUAAGUCAUAUUAAUCCAGAACUGCAAAACAAAUAUAUGUAGAAUGUAGACUAGCCCAUUAGGGCUCUUGCCUAAAAAUAACUUUGAAUGCAUUGCAUUAGAUACUUCUGCCAAUCUAAUGUUUAUAUUUAAUCAUUUGUGUUCUUCACAAGUGUUUCAUUUUCAUGAGGUAUUUUCACAGACAUGUCAAAUAUAGUUUUCACUGAUUCACUAACUGGGCCUGUCACUUUUGGGAUUGAAUAGUGACCACCCAACAUGGCGUAGCAUUUGUAAAAGAAAUGUUGAGCUGUGUAUAAUGGUGUAUUUUGAAUCUUAACACUUGGCCAUUUCAUCCCCAUUUUCUACCUAAUUUAAGGGUCUUCACAUGUUGAACUUUAGCUGUUAAUUUCACAGGCCUAGUGUGUUUUAUUUCAAAGACCCCAUAUGUUUGUUCUGUUGCUUCUCUUGAGAACAGCAAUACCCCAGAUGUAUACCUUUUGCUAGAUGUUUUUGAACUCUUAUAGGGUAAAAUUGGAGACCUAUCAUUUUGUCAUGACUGCUUGCUUUACUGAUAAGCUAUUUAUUGAAGUGUCCCUAUAUGUGUCACCUUAUAGACCAGCAUCACACUUUGACACAAUUAAGCGUAACCCCAUGUAUGCUGAUUAUGGCAUUGUACCGGAACUCUGCAUCGGUAAGCGGUACAGUGUGCCAUCACACAGGUUUUAAGUUAUUUGUUUUAAUCAGCCUAAAUUCAUAGAACAAAAGCAAAUAACAUUACCUGUGCACUAUCCCAAAUUCUUUUGCACAUUUAAAUAGCAUAAGGUUUUUAGUACCACUCCAAUGGCCAUUAAAUUGCUAGCUCACAUUAAAUUCCUGUUAGUUAAAAAUGUCUUUCUCGGCUAGCAUGAUAAUAUAUCUAUCUAUAUUAAACAAACAAGAAGAAGAAUCAUGGUAUGAAAUUGAGACCGAAUCUUGCCACCUAAGGGAUUUGUUCUCUUCUAUGGCAAUCAAAGGACUCAAAUAUAUUAAUGGCCAGAGAAUCUAGCACUGUUUUGGAUCAUCUUAUCGGUUUCUGUAUUAGAUUAAAAAAUAAAUGUGGUAUAUUGAACCAGAUUCCAGAAUAUAUUUAGUUUCUUUGGAACAUUAUAUUAUGGACUUGGGCUUGAAGGGGUGGAGGCAGAGGGACAUCAUAAAAAUAGAGCAAAUUUUAAUAGCAGGAAAAUUAAAACCUUUUCCACUGAUUGUUCAAGAAUACCAAAUUUCAGAAUCAGAGAUAUUUAAUUAUCUAAGAUUUAAAAAAAUUAUAUAGCGUCCAAUUUACUGAAAGACAAACCGGAUAUAACAGACAAACUUUUCAAUAUUAUAAAUUCUGAUUUAACGUCUAAAGUUUUGUCUAAAGGUAUGGAUCUGUCUAAAUACGAUGGAAAUAUUACAAACAAAUUUCCAAAUGUGGCAAAAAGACAUAAAUUGUACUAUAAAUAUGAAAGAAGGGUGUGUGAGGCAUGGAUAAAGGUUAAAGUAAUGCACUGUAUAAACUGGGCAGAAAUACAAUUCAAAGUAAUACGUAGGUGGUAUUUAAAAAAAAAAAAAAAAAAAAUUAAAAAAAAAAAAAUGUACCCCCAACACUCACCACUGUGUUGGAGGUGUAACCAGGUCAAUAGAACAUAUAUUCACAUAUGGUGGAGCUGUGAUAAAAUUAACACUUUUUAUAAAAAAAAAAUUUAGAUUUGAAUUUUACUCCAGAAAUAGCUAUUUUGUAUCUGAAUUGGCCAAAACUAAACAAGCUAUGUGUUUUUCAUUAUACAGUGGUUGUAAAGAUUGUAAUUAUGCGUAGUUUGAAAAAUCCUCUAGCUCCAAUAUGGACAAAUAUACAUAAACCGUUACUAUACCAAAUUAAAAUUGAACUGAACAUCAGCAAAACCCUAGGAUGUAGAUCCAAAAUAUGGGAAGAAUGGGCAAAUAAACUUGAUAUAGAAAAUAUUAAUCAACCCUUAACUUUGACUUUAAAAAAAAAUAAAAAAAUAAAUCUUAAAAUAGAUGAAGAAUUUAAUGGUUCUAAUCACAACUCCCCGGGAUGCUCCUCCUAGUCAACAGAUUGAUUUAAUCUUAAAUGUAAAGUCAAUUAAAAAAGGCCCGGAUACAGCACUGUUACAUUUAAAUUGGAAACUUUCUUCCACUUCUUCUAAGUGCCUCGUAAACCAUUGCUUCUUGGCAGUAAAAAUAAUAAUAGCAAGACAAUGGAAGUCGCAUCUUCCUUUCUUGAGGAGUCAGCUUGUUAAUCAAGUUUUUUAUUCCAACUCCAAAUGGAAAAAGAUUUACCAGUCUCCUCUAUACUUCUUAUAAAGAAACAAGACAAAUACAUUAAUUGGAUUCGAAUUUUGGAAAAUAAAUAAAUUAUUUCUUCUUUCCUUAGAUUUCGAUAGAUAAUCUCACUACAGUGAUAUUUCUCUUCCCAUGAUGUUUAGACUGACCAUAGCCCAUAUUUAUUCUUAUUUUUGACAACAGUUCUACAAAUUAAAAUUUAUCUUUUUAUUAAGAUAUCCUUAGCUGUUUAGCUUGGGAAUUACCUUAUACUUAAGAUUAGAACAGUUGUAACAAUGUAAAUUAUAUGUUUGUUAUUGUCACACUUGUUUUUGUCUUGUAUGUAAAUUUCACUAUUUUGUCAUAUGUACGAUAAAAUGAGAAAAAAUAAAAAUAAAAAAUAAUCUUAAAUGUAAAGUCCUGUAUUUUAGUUUAAUGUGUAUAUUGCACUGUGUAAUAAUUUAUGUGCAAGUCAUUAAUAUUUCUCUUAUGGAGGUUAUUAUAGAUUUGUCGAUGGUCAAACUAGUUAACAGUGGUUAAUGUAGUUUUAAAUUUUCUCAGAUAUCAAUUCCUGAAUAAGAGGAACAUAAAACAGAGAUUAUAUAUAAAGAAAGAGGAAAGAGAAGGAAAAAUGGGGAAAAAAGAGAAGAGUGUGUGUGUGUGUGUGUAUGUGUGUAUAUGUGUGUGUGUGUGUGUAUAUGUGUGUGUGUGUAUAUGUGUGUGUGUGUGUAUGUAUGUAUAUAUAUAUAUAUAUAUAUAUAUAUAAAUUUUUUUUUUUAUUGUAACACAAUUAAUUAUGAAAACAGGCUUAAUAUGUUUUUAAUAAGAAAUAGUGUAAUAUUGUGUGUCUUGUUAGUGGAUUUUUUUUUGUCUAUGAUUAAAACCCAAUAAAGAAUAUAUAAUACAAAAAAAAUAAAAAAUUGCCAGAUCACCUGCUAAAGUCAAGGCAAACCUCUUGGGUGAGUCCUGCACCAACAAUUCACCUUGCUGCUCUCAGCUAACUAAAAUGCAAACUCUCUAAGACCAAAAGGGGUAUUGAUAUGAACUACACACUUACUAACCAUUUAUAGGGUACACAUGGACUGUGUAACACAGAAGCAAAUACAAACACAAAAUUAAAGGAAAAGUAUAGUCAUCAGAUCAACUACAGCUUAAUGUAGUUGUUCUGGCGAGUAUAGCAUGUCCCUGCAGGCUUUAUGCAGUAAACACUGUAUUUUCAGAGUAAAGGCAGUGUUUACAUUACAGCCUAGGGACACCGCCAGUGGCCACUCAUCAGAUGUCUACUAGAGGUGCUGCACAGUGUGUAGCACUGACAUUUAGUGUCUCUGCUGUCUGCAUGGAGACACUGAACUUUCCUCAGAGAUGCAUUGAUUUAAUGCAUCUCUAUGAAGAGAUGCUAAUUGGCCAGGGUGAGGUUUGGCUCUGCCUCCUUGGCUGCGGUAAUCAGAAUUGACCAUUUCCGCCAAUACUUUCCUGUGCGAAAGCAUUGUGAUUGACUGAGAUCACUUCUGAUGUCAGCCAAGGAGGCAGUUCGGGGGCAGAGUCGGCAUCAGCAAAAUGGAGUAAAGGUAAGAUUUUACUAUAAUCAGGGGUGCCCGGGUGCUUCAUAGUGUUUUAAACACUAUAGGGUCAGAAAUACAUGUUUGGGUUCCUUUUAAGACCUGCGCUCUAACUCCCACUACUCCUGUGUUUGUGUUUCCUGCUGUAUUACAUAGCUAUGUUACAAUACUCCAUGUGCAUCCUGUUAAAGGUUAAUAUGUGCAUAGGGAAUUUAUGUUAAUACCCCUUUCUGUCUCAGAGAUUUUGCCCUUCAACUAAAAGCAUCAUGGAGAAUUGUUGGUGUAGGACUCUAAAAGUUUUUUUUACCUUAAAGGGACUCUCCAAUGCCAGGAAAACAAACCCGUUCCUGCAGUGCCCCCAUCCCAUGUUGCUGAAGGGGUUAAACCCUUUCAGUGACUUACCUGAAUCCAACGCUGAUGUCCUCUGUGCUGGGUCAGGCUCCUCCCCGCCAACAUCAGCCGUCGGGGGAGUCCUAAUGCGCAUGCGUGGCUAUGGCCGCGUGCAUUAGACCUCCCCAUAGGAAAGCAUUAUUAAAUGCUUUCCUACGGGGAUUCUUGUGACUCUGAAGUUCCUCAUACAUAGCGUGAGGACGUCCAGUUUCAUUAAAAAUACUUUUCGUGUUCUAAGAAGCCGGAAGUCCCUCUAGUGGCUGUCUGCUAGACAGCCACUAGAGGAGGACUUAAUCCUGCAAGGAAAUUUAUUGCAGUUUAUAAAAACUGCAAUAAUUACACUUGCAGGGUUAAGGGUGAUGGGAGUUGGAACCCAGACCACUCCAAUGUGCAGAAGGGGUCUGAGUGCCUGGAGUGUCCCUUUAACUUGGCAGGUUAGCUUGCACUUAUGGCCACUGGAGUGGUGUGAAAAAACAACAAAGCUUGGUGGUUUAAAUAUGCAUAGGGAUCGUGCACAGGUAACUAUUUUUUUUCAUCUAUUCUCCAGUUAUAACAUGGAGCAGUUUGUGUAAUUGCCAUCAUAGAAAAUAAGUCCGAAGCUUUUGAGGGCCAGUAGAAAUGCGUGUUUCAACAUACCAUAAAUGCAGUUUAUAUUUUAUCUUAUCGUUCUUUGUCUAUUAGAGCUCCACACCUUGGAAGAGAACUUGUUUGUAAAGAAAACAAGAAAAACUUCAAAGCAACCAUAGCUAUGAGUCAGGAUUUCCCUCUAGGGAUUGAAUCGUAAGUUUCUAUGUGUGUCUGCACAUGUCUCCUCUGUGGGUCAGCAGCAAAAAAAAGCCUACUGCAUAAUGAUACAAGUUUUAUUAUGUAUUGUAUAAUAUUGGCUUAUGGUAUCUUACAAAUGUAUCUGAACAUAAUACAGGAAUUUUGUUUAUAUAAAUUACAUUUUCAUCUCCUUUAAAUUGUUUCCGUAGAACAGAUUUUAGGAAUGAUUUACUUUUUCCAUCAUGAUGUCUACGUUCCAUAAUUGAAUACGUAAUAAUUAAAGACAUUGGAAGUUUUUAUCUUUUUUUUUUUUUUGUAAAAAUUUUUUGUUGUUCAACAGACUGCUGAAUGUCUUAGAAGUAAUUGCACCUUUCAAGCACUUUAAUAAGCUCCGAGAAUUCGUUCAGAUGAAGCUUCCUCCAGGAUUUCCUGUUAAGCUUGGUAAGUAUGGAGGAUCCAUUCAGUACUGUCUUUUACUGCACUAAUAACAGGAUUGGAACAUUUUAGCUAUAAAGAAAGGUUAACUAAUUUAAACCUCUUUAGUUUAGAAAAACAUUGCCUCAGAGGGGAUAUAAUAACAUUAUACAAAUAUAUCCGGGGCCAAUAAAAACAUCUGUGCGGAAAUCUAGUCACAAAGAGGACUUUACAUAGGACACAAGGUCAUGUGUUUACACUGGAAGAAAGAAGAUUGAGUCUAAGGCAAAGGAACGUUUUUUUUUUUUGGUUUUUUUUUUCAUAAUAAUGAGGAUAUGGAAUUCUCUGCCUGAAGAAGUUGUUUUAUCAGAGUCUGUACAGAUGUUAUACAUAAACUAGAUGCAUAAUUAGAGUAUCUCUUACAAAGAUUUGUAUCGAGAGAUAGAGGGAAAAAGACCAAACAAAGAGAAGCUCUAAAACUGGAUAAAUAUACAUAGUACAUGGAGCUGGCUGCCCUAAGCAAUGAAUAGAAUGUAUCGCCAAAAAAUUGGUUAAAAAGUAUCAAAAAUUUAUUGUUACUAUGCUCUAUGUACUGGCUUUUUGCCCAACUAUAGACAUUUUUCUAUCACACCGUGUUAGGUGAUAGUUAAUUUAUUUAUUUAAUUUUUCAACCUGUGUAGCUUUCAUCCAAAACUAGUGAGUGAAAGUAUAUAAUUUGGCACAUAUUACUCUUUUUCCAGAAUUCUGUUUUCUGGGUUAUGAGAUAAUUCUGCCAUACAUAUAUGGUUUGUUUAUACACACAUAUUUGAAUUUUCAUAUUAAUUUGAUUUCCUGCAACAAUAUUAUAUUUUGCACAAUAAUCCUCUAACAUUCACCAGCUCCUGGAUCUUUUACUGCUACACCUCCUGUGCAGCAGAUCCUAUUUAUAAACUAGAUGCAUACUUGCAAAGCCAGAAUAUUCAAUGAUAUAAUUUUUCAACCGUACUGUUAAUGGCUUCUUGAUCCAAGCAUAAAUCUGACUGCCAUUCUGUGGUCAAUUUUUUUCCCUAGUUUGUUGCAAAAUGUAAGUGCUUCAAACUGUUUUUUUUUUUUUUGCCUUCUUUUGGAUCAACCGCAAAAAACAAAUGUGAGGAAGGUUGAAUUUGAUGGACACAUGUCUCUCUUUUCAGCCUAUGUAACUAUGUAAUUGGGUACAUGUUGUUUAUUUUUCUAUAGUACUCCUUUAUGUUCUGUUGUUUUCCUCAGAUAUACCAGUUUUUCCAACAAUCACCGCUACUGUAACAUUUCAAGAGUUCCGCUAUGGAGAAUUUGAUGAAUCAAUUUUUAAGAUACCAGAUGACUAUAAAGAAGAUCCAAGUCGGUUUCCGGACCUAUAACUGCUUUGAUCUUCUUGCUCUUUUUUUUUUUUCCCUCUCCUUCCCAAUGCUCUAAGGUGGACAUCUGCAUAUAAUAGUAAUUUCCCAAGGUUAUACAAAUAUUACUUUUAUUUUCUUGAAGAUCUGUGGUGCAGCUUGUUCAAGAUUCAGCAUUUCCAAGAUUGCUCUAGUUUGAGCAGUUGGACAAGUCCUAAUCUGACUGUGAAAUUGUAGAUACAUAUACCUUUCAUACUUUCCAUGUGUACGAGACUUCAUGAUAUGCUAUCUCCCAUCUUCUUCUCCCCCCCUCCCCACCCCCUCAGGUUUGGUAUUCAUCUACUUAAGAAUGCCACACAAUCAUUGUUCAUAUCCUUAGAUUAGUGCUUGAAUUAAGUCCCUAGGAAAUCACAUAUAUUCACCACACAAUUCAAGAUAAACUUUUUAAUAGUUACCCCUGAUCUUCUUUGCCCAUUUUGUAAAUUAUACAGUAUGUAAAAUGUAUAGUUUCUUGUUUGCUGGAUUAUAUUUAAAGUAGAAGGAAUGACCUUUAAUAAACCAAAAGUUUCAGUUAUUGCUCUAAAUGUUGCAAGCCCUGUAAGAGAUCUCCCAAAACACACACAGCGCUGCAGAGUACUAGGAUUGUGGGGCUUACAUUUGUUUUUUUUAAUGAGUAGUGGUUUUUUUUCUUUUCUUCUGCAAGUAAACCGUGGUCUUGGUAAAUACUUUUCUUUUUGUAAACUUUUCUAUUCUGUUCUUUUUUUUUUUUUUGUACCAUAGCUAUCCAGAUAAUCCUAUAUUUAGAAAUAACUUAGGCUAUGCCUUGGUGUCUUGAGACUGUGUCUCUCUGUACCCAUUACAGUGGCAUUUGUAAUUAAGAACAUUAAAUUAAUACAGAGUUUAUCUUUAAAAUCCAGGUUGAUUUUAUUUUUAUUUUUUACUUUAUUACACAGUUGCCCUUAUUUAAGGGUUUGCAAUGGUGUUUGUUACAGAACACACCUUCAAUAAAAGAUUGUUUUAGUAAUAUUGUCAUUUAUCUGUAUAAAUCUAUAUAUGGGGAAAUUUGUACCUAUGUUUGUAUUCGGCAUGAUUUUGUCCCUGGACCACACCCCUUUCUCUCACUAUAUGUCUGUGAUUUAACUGAAUUGUGUUUCGGAGGCUGAGAAUGUUUUCAAGCUAAGAUUUUGUACAUAAGACAAAUAUGUGAAAAAACUUUUUAAACCAGAAAGGCGACUAAACCACAGACUGUUUUGUUUUUUUGUUUUUUUUCGUGAUGUAAAAGAAAAUCCACUCGCCAGCACUGGUACACUUUGUAAAGCAGUAUGCGCGGUAAUGGCGCAUCUUUGUCUGUGCUGGCGCAGUCCUUUUUUUUUUUUUUUUAGGUUUCACUUAUGAGACCUUUCCAAGCUGGAAAUGUAAUGUCACUUUUAUUUCCUUUGUAUGUGUGUGUUUACAAUGUACCUGGGUAAUCAGAAAUUAAUAUUCAGGCAACUCUCUUCUGUCAGGUCUUCCAAACACUUUUUACCUAAAGGGAUAAUAAUGGGAAUAAUUCAUACUUCUCCCUGCAUUGAAGAACAUGUGAUUUCAAAUCACUACCGUUGUAUAGGUCUUUUAAUAAAAGUGUCAUUUUAGUUUUUUUUUUUUUUUUUUAACUAGUAAGCAAGAUCAAAUACUAUUUCUUGCAGGAACUGCACCCAGUACUGGUUUCAUUAAACAAAAAUCUGUUUUAAAUAA